AUGGACGACACGGAAAAGAUGAAUCCAAUAUGGCAAACAGUGUUCACUCGAUUGCUCGACGCACUUGUGUUCAAAUCUGAAGCUCCAGACGAGCAAGCGAUGUCUAGAGAUGACUUGGAGUUAUUGCGAUGCUACAGACAAGACAUAGCUGAUACUGUGAUGUACUGCUUCGGUGUGCUGGGCGAGUGGUGUUGGUCCCGCGUGGAGGCAGCGUUCGACGCGUGCGACAGCGAGGCGCGGCGCGAGGCGGCGCUCCACGUGUUCCUGUCACUGGCGGACGCGGCGCCGCACCAGCGCGUGCCCGCCGGCCUGUUGCCGCUGAUGCACCACGCGGUCGCCAUAACGCACACGGCGCGCUCGCUGCGCACACUCAACACCGCGCUCGACUGCCUCGGCAGCUACGCGUCGUGGCUCUCUUCACUGGGCAGUCGCGGCAGUGCGCUGGCUGCGGAGUGCGUGCGUGCCACCGGCGGCGCGCUGCAGCGGAGCCCCGCGCCCGCCGCGCUCGCCCUCCGCAAGUUGUGCGCCGACUGCGCCGCGCCCGCCGCACACGUCGCACCAGACAUCGUACGCAUAGCGCAUGCGCACCUAGAGGAGGAGUGGGGCAAGGGUGACGUGUGGGUGAUGCGUCAGCUGGUGGGGGCGGCGGGCGCGGCGCUGGCGGCGGCGGAGCCCGCGUGUGCCGCGCCGCUGCUGGCGCUACUCGCGGCCGCCGCGCAACGCCGGCUGCACGCACAGUCGUUAGAGCCGCUACAGUCGACUGGGGCAGGAGAGUGUGCAGCUGCAUUACUGGCAGCGUUACAGCCUCGGCCGCAGCUUGCGGACGAUUUGUUCCGUACAUUACUUCCGACUUUGCCGGCGCUUGCGCAACAGCCUACUCUAGUUGAGUCAAUGUUCCAGAUUUUAAAACAGACCGUGUCGACAUUGUUGGAUGAUUGCAAGCCUCAUAUAGGUGACAUUGCGCAACUGACUAUUGCAGGGUUCGAUCACAAACCUUGUCCCGUCGGCUUGGAUGUAGUCAAAGUUAUAGUGUUGAUCAUGGGGGGUGAAUGGCCGGACUGCGGUCGGUUACUGCACGCGUGCGUGUCUCGGACGGCGCGGGCGGUAGCCCCCGAGCCGACGGCGGCGCCCGACUUAGCCGAAGCCCUAUUCUCAUUAUUGCACGCACUGACCAAGAAGAAGCCGCAGCAUUUGGAUUGGAUCGAGGAUUUGCUGCCUGAGCUUGUCGAUCUUGGUUGCAACUGCGUACGUAUGUGGGAGGCGUGUGCGGCGCGCGCUGCGUGCGGGUGGCUGUCGUCGCUGGCGGGCGCGGCGCCGCGCGCGCUGCAGCACUCCGCGCCCGCGCUCACCGCCGCAGCGCUGCGCUGCAUAGGUGGCGCCACCCCGCGGAACCACAUCGAACCGCUGGCGGAGCUACUGCUGGCGCUGAACCGCGCGCAGUGGGCGGACGGCGCGGGCCUGGCGGACUGGCUGCGGCACGCGCUCACCGCCCAACACUUCCCCACGCACCACGCCACCGUAGACAGCAAGAGGAAAUUCAUCGCCGCCGUCAUCAAAGAAAAGAGUAGCAAGAAGAGAUUAUUAGAAACUGUUCAAGAAUUUUCAUUGGUGUGUAGAGGACUCAUAGGAACAGAAUAUGCGCGGCAAACUCUCGCGUCAAAGCAACUGAUCACCUAA